UGCGUUUUGUGUCUGUCUGCCGCCUUUUCGUGCUGUGUUUCGUCGGCUGGUUACUGAGCAUUUCUGCACUUUUUGGAAGACGACAACCAACAUCAUUCAGCCAACAAGAUACACUGUUUCUGCUAUGUAGUAAUAUUUUGUAGCUGUUAUCCAUAUUGAAAGUAAUCAAAAUGGCUAAUUCGGAACUGAAGUCAUUAUUUCAUUUAAAGAGGCUGCCAUCUGGUCUGCCGCUGCUGCUCUGCCUGCUGUACACACCGCUGGGACUAUGUCUGCUGGUGGUGCGGUUCUUCAUCAGUGCCCAGGCCCUGCUGGCCUUCACUGUGCUCCAUUCAGACAGCCCACUGCGCAGCUUUGUGGUACGAGUCAUGUCUGCGGUGCUGGGAGUGGUGGUUCGCACCGAUCCUGACCACCGGCCGGACGGACGGCCGCGCCUGCUGCUGGCCAACAGUGUCUCCUGUCUGGACCCGCUGGCGCUCCAGCUGGCCACCUCAUGCGACUCGGGCUGUGCGGCCGGCACCUGGUCAGUGGUGCAGUACGCCCUCCGUCAGCGGGUGCUCGCUAGUCCGGAGGCUGUACAGCAGUUCCUGGCCGCAGAGGGCCGCUCGCUGCUGCUCCAGCCGGAGGGCGCCAACACCAGCGGACGCGCCGGACUGCUCAAGUUCUCGCCACAGAACGUGCCGACCACGCUGGAGGUGCAGCCGGUGGCGAUCCGCGCCCAGCGGCUGCCGCUGGCCGACGUCAGCGUCAGCACCCUGACGUCAUCGGCGCUCUCCGACCUGCUCUACUUCCUGUUCGUGCCGGGCACCCUGUUCACCGUCAGUUUUCUGAAGCCAAUUAAGAUGGAAGAGGGAGAAGCGAUUGCAGAAUUUUUGGAACGCGUCCGACUGGCAAUAGCACUUCAUUUGAAAAUAACGCCUACCAAGUUUUCUGCAGGCGAUAAAGCAGAGCUGGUGAAGCGCGAGACGUUUGUGGCGGCGCCGCGGCCUCCCCGGCCGGCCGGUGUCGGCGCUGAGCUGCAGAGGAUGGCCGGCCAGGUGAAGGAGGUGCUGCCCCGCGUGCCCCUGGCCACCAUCAUGACUGACCUCAAGCGGACCCGCAGCGUGGACCAGACGAUCGCCAACCUGCUGGAGGGUGUGGUGCGGUACGUACCGGAGCCGGCAGCCGCCGCCGCUGCCGGCCCGGCCGCCGGCGCCGCAGAGGGGCCGGCCGGCGCGCCGCUGCGGCCCGGCGCCACCGACCUGCACACGGGCGCCGAUACGUUCUCCCGUACCUCGGCUGGCCGACAGCUGUCGUUUGAGGAGCGCAAACGGCGCCUGCUCGAGAACGCUCGGCGGCGCUACAUCGAGCGACACGGCCUCAAGGUGCCGGGCUACAACUGCUGACGGCGGCUCGGCUGCUGACGACUGCUGAUCGCUGCUGAGCCUGCUGAUAACUGCAGACGGUGAUGUACCCUUACCCGACGGGUCACUGGGGCGGGCCACCGCCACGCUAACUCAUACCCGCCCCCUGUCUGGCCGACCUUCCGUCGAGACAGACGGCUGCAGCCGUGUCGGCUGCUGAGAUCUGUACAUUACAGUGUCCCAAAAUUUGCUAGUUUGGGUGGGAAAUGACAGCCAAAUCAAAAUAAUUUUCCACUCUCACCUACAACUUUCCAGAGCAAUUUUUCACUCCCUAUUUUACCAAAAAAGAGCAUCUGCGGGUACCUUUUACCUCCCUUCAUUUUCGAUUCAAUUAUCUUAUAAAGCAGCUCCCACAUCCUUCAACAUUCACAAACACAUUGUUGAUUCCUGUUUUCCGCUCUCUUUUUGUGUCUUUUUGACUGGCAUUUUUCCACUCUCAGCCCUCGUUCUAGUGACAAAUAUUCCCCUCCGACACCCAAGCCGAAAUAUAAUUUUGGGACACUGGUACAUUACAUGUACCGCCAACCGGGGAGCUGGGGCCCUGUCCCGGGAAUCUGAGCAAUUAUGACGGAGCUGGCGUAGCUGGCUUCCCAUACUGACAUGAAUACUGCUGCUACGUCGUGAGCUUGUUUGUUAGAGCGUCAGUCUCUGGUGUAAGACCCACUCCGGACUGCCCGAAUGAGAUAGCGAGCAGCUCGCUAGUACCGUACCGAAUAUGUAUUUUCUGGCAGUGAUUCCUGAACGUGAGAUCGUGGUUGUGUGUCCCACGGUUGUCAGGCGCCAGGCUGUCGGGUCGUCGUUGAGUUGACAGGUGUGUGGUUGGUACUUAGUCUGGGUGGGAUGGUUCAGUGGGGUGAGGUGGCUGGCUGGUCUCUGGUCCGCGCUGGACCGCUUGGUCUGCGGUCCGUGCUCGACUGCCCGGCUCCUGUUUAGGUCCCGUCUUGCCGCCGGUUACGUCCGCUGCUGGUGGCGUCUGAACCCCGCUGUCGAGUCCGUCUCCAGAAUCGACCGCCAACGCUGGCACGGAUUUUUGGUACGGAAUGUCAAACAAUUAUGACUUAAUAUAAUUAAACCAUG